CAUUCGGCAUUGACGUUCGAACGCUCCGAAACGAAUGCCGACAUUGUAAUAUCUUGGCGACGCGUACGUCAUUAUAACACGAAUACCAAGGUAAACGGAGCAAUUUGCUCGAACAAAUUCGACGGUCCCGGCAACGUGCUCGCCCACGCGUCUCUCCCGACGGACCAAGCGGGGUUCGUCUCCGAGGUGCACGUCGACGGGGACGAGCCGUGGCACAUUUACAUCAAUAAACAUCCCGCGGAUAGGUUCUCCCUGCAUUACACGCUGACGCACGAGAUCGGCCACUCUCUCGGAUUGGUGCACAACAGGCGCAAAACAUCGGUGAUGUUCACGAUACAGCCGGACCAGCAGUAUUCGGAGAAGCUCGACCAAAACGACAUCGCCGACAUUCAACGUUUGUACGGUGAAAAAAGUACGAACGAGUCCCCGCAUCGGACGCCGGCGCCGCCGCCGCCGCCGCCGCUGCCGCCAUUGCCGGACCUGUGCAGCCUCGAUCGCGUGAACGGGAUAUUGAUUUUGGAAAAUCGAAUGUACAUCUCGUACAAGCGUUACGUUUGGUCAAUCGAUCUGGACGGUAGGACGUACAACGGACCUUUAGCCUUUUCAAAUCACAUGAGCUUUCUUCACGACAAUUACACGCGCGUGACCGCCGCCUAUCAAUCCCCGGCGAUCUCGUGGUGUUGGCCGAAAACCUUGCAAAAACUCGGAUUUCCCGAAAACACGUUGAUCAACGGAGCGGUGAACACCCACAGAGGACGUUCCUUCGUGGUGUUCAACGGUAACGCGGUGGGCGAGAUAGACGAAUGCGACAAGGACAAGAGAGUCGCCAAAUUUACGCCCCUCGAGGCGACGUUUUCCGGAAUACCGACCGGCCUGACGUCGAUCUUCCGCUACGUCGACGGCAAUCUGUACUUCACCACUUGGGCACAGUUCUACAAAUUCAACGAAUUUACGAGAACCGUCUCGUCGGCCG